GCCGAUUGAGCGUUUUUUUUUCAAUAGUGUAUUCAAUUUUGAACAAAAUACUCAGUCGGCCGGGCGCAGUAGUGAAAAUAGGAGCAAAUGUGACCUAAGUAUGUUUAUUGCAGUUGUACUUCAUAUGCAUAAAUGUAUUGACCAUGAGGGGUAUGUACUACAGGGGACCAUUUCAAAGUUUGUAACCGCAAGACACUAAUUCAAAUCACUCCAUUUUCCUGUUAGUGCAUCUGAAUGAUUUAUGUGUUAAAUCAACAGAAGCAAUCAUGGGUUCUUCAACUGCAGUACUAACGCAGCUUAUACAAGAUGCUGUCUUAAAACUAUGCACACAGAAUGUUGUUUUUACCAAGUCCUUAGAGAUUGAUGGGAUCAUAUGCGUAUCCCCUGGUGAUGAAGCUAAAGAAAUUGUUGUUAAAAUGCACAGAACAAUCAUGAAACCAGAGCCUGAACCACAACAAAUACCUCAGAGUUGGUCUUCACCUCAAUUAGCUGUAAACAAUAACCAAAUGAUGGACUAUUAUCCCCACACUGGCCCAGGGAAUCAGUCAGCACCAGCUUAUCAAGAGACAUUUCCAGGGGGGCAUAGGCGACCCCCACCUACAACUCCUCAACGUAAUAGAAAUACAAGCAUUAGAGACAAUAGUGCUAGACAUCAUGACUCACCUAAGCCACCACCAGUGUCAUAUUAUUCCCCACAUGAACCUCCCAGUACACCUAUAGCCACACAGAAAACCCCAGGAGGGCCUCUUAGUACCUCGGCCACAGAUAGUGUCAAAGUAAAAGAUGAACCAGAUAUUCCCAGUUCUAUCAAAAGUAUUAAACGAUCUCUUUCCAACGAUGAAACACAAGAUUCUCAAGAAGAAAUUGCUACCAAACAAGCAAAGUUAACUCCUGAAACACCAAGUGCUACUGAACAAAACACGGACAAUGUAAAUGUUAAACAAGAGCAAGAAGAACCUAUAACUAUAGAACUGGAUGAUGAUGAGGAAGAGGAUGGGGGAGGGGGUUAUGAUGAAGAUUCAACUGCGGGAGCGAGCUGGAUGGGAGACGACACGUUAGAUACUUCAGCUAAUAAUCAA